GACGAGAUUGUACUGGAAGCACGCAUUUUUUAUUCGGAAACACAAACAUGGGAGACUCAGACGAGUCUUUCGAUGUUAAAUUCGAGGAUCUUAAUUGGGAUAUCAUUUCAUACAUUUUCGAUUAUUUAACGUUAAAGGACUUGUUUACACUGAGAUGCACCUCAGUUUGCUUGAAAAACCUCACCGAAGACUACUUUCAAACACUUCCAGAGAUCGUUUUCAACAGCCAAAGUACGGGACGUCUUUCCGAGUGUUUUGAUGUUCUAGCGGAAAAUUGCAGCGGCCUACAUUUCCUCACUUUGACGGACUGCGAGUGGCUCACAGAUGUCCCGUUACGAAAAAUUUUUGAAAAAAAUCCAAAAUUACAGUCAGUUCGUUUGAGCAAUUCGAAUAAUUUGUCAUCCGUAACACUUCAACCACUGAUUUUGCGAUGCAAGAACUUGGAAAAGCUGGAAUUGAGCAAAUGUUACUUCUUAACGACAGGCUGUUUGGAGACUCUGGUGUUGCAUCAAUCGAAUAUCCGAGAAUUGGACCUGUCGUAUUGCAAUUCGUUGAGUGAGGGAGUACUGAUACUUCUUUUGAGGAAGUUUCGAUUACUUACGCAUUUAUCGUUGGCUCAUGUGACGUGUGUUGGUGACUCGGUAGUGCUGGCAAUCGCUAAAUUUUCCAAAAAAUUGAGAUAUUUGAACUUAAAUGGAUGUAUUGAAGUGACAGACAGAGGAAUAAGAGCGUUGUCGUCAAUGAGCACGAAUCUGGAGGCUUUAAAAAUAAGAGGAUGCAAUGCCGUGACUGAUUUUGGACUUUCGAGCCUGCGAGCGAGAGGGACAGUUCAUAUUGAUAGACCGAUCGGGGCAGGAGUUCCCAUUUACAGACCAUUUCCACUUGUGUUUCCGCAAGUUUAAGUAUUACAGGGGUUUUGAAAUACUAUUUUUUUGAAUUAUUUUGUGUAUUUAUUGAUACAUUUCGACUGUUGAACCAAAAAAAAAAAAAUAAAAUAUUUAUUGUGUGUAUUACGAA